CGAAAUGUAUCCACUCAUCCAUGGUAUGCAGCAAAGAUGGCUGACCCGUUAAGUUUGUUGCGACAGUACAAUGUCAAUAAAAAAGAAAUUAUUGAACGUGAUAAUCAAAUUAUAUUCGGUGAAUUUUCAUGGCCAAAGCAUGUCAAGACCAAUUACUUGACGUGGGGCUCUGGUAAGGAUGGAGCCCCAAAAGAGUAUUACAGCUUGGAAUGCUUGCUAUUCCUUCUCAAGAAUGUCACACUCACUCAUCCCGUGUACGUCAGGCAAGCUGCGGCCGAAAACAUUCCAGUUGUACGUCGACCGGACAGGAAAGACCUGCUGGCGUAUCUCAACGGAGAGACUGCGUCGUCGGCAAAUAUCGAUAAAUCUGCGCCUCUUGAGAUCCCUACGCAGGUGAAAAGAACAGCGGAGGACACCCUGGAGUCGACUGCCAAGAAACCGCGGUUCGAAGAAACUCAAGUGCAGAAAGUGAAGGAGCAGCUGGCCGCCAGAUUGGAUGCCCCGAAGGAAGCUUCUGUCACAGUUGACAACAUCAAAUCAUUGUCUGAAGCUAUGUCAGUAGAGAAAAUUGCUGCGAUAAAAGCAAAACGUUUAGCAAAGAAAAGGACUACCAUCAAAGGAAACGAUGAUAUUGGCCUUGGCUCGGACCUGAGGGCUAUAUUAGACUUUGAUGUAGAUGUUACUAAAGAUAUAAUCUCUCGAGAACGCCAGUGGAGGACUAGAACGACAAUCUUGCAGAGUGCAGGCAAGAUGUUUGCCAAAAAUAUUUUGGCGAUAAUGCAGUCCAUCAAGGCCCGUGAGGAGGGAAGGCACAGACCGCCACAGCCAACCCCUGUGAUGACUCCCCACGCCACGCCCUUGAGGUCUAUGCCACAGCCGGCUGUGUACAACCGGUAUGACCAGGAGAGGUUCAUUCGGCAGAAAGAAGAGACUGAGGGUUUCAAAAUCGACACCAUGGGAACAUACCACGGCAUGACUUUGAAGUCUGUAACAGAAGGAACACAGCCAAAGAAACCAGUAGCGCCUGUUCAGCCAAACAUUCAGCCUGUCAGUAGGCCUGUGUCGGAGGCUCGUGUAAGUCUGCAACCAAAUAAAAGAAUCUCAAGGACACCAAUCAUCAUCAUUCCUGCUGCCAAUACUUCUCUUAUAACUAUGUACAAUGCCAAGGACAUCCUUCAAGACCUCAGAUUCGUGAGCACAGAAGAAAAGAAAAUGCAAGGAGUGAAACGUGACAAUGAGAUCCUGCUUCAGCGACGCAAGGAAGGUGCGUUCACUGUUCCGUACAGGAUCAUCGACAACCCACAGAAGCUCACAAAUGCAGACUGGGACCGAGUAGUUGCAGUUUUUGUCAUGGGACCUGCGUGGCAGUUCAAGGGUUGGCCCUGGGACGGCAACCCUGUCGAGAUAUUCUCAAAAGUAUGUGCUUUCCACAUGAAGUAUGAUGAAAUGAAGUUAGAUGGGAAUGUUGGCCGAUGGGCUGUUCAUGUUAUCGAGCUGUCCCGGACAAAACGGCACUUGGACAGAGCUGCGCUCAUGGUGUUUUGGGAGAAACUAGACAAGCAUAUGAUCAAGAACAAGCCACAUCUGCGCUUCUGAAUAUUCAGUGCCUUUGUCGACUGGAGUGCCGUUUUAGCUGUAAACUUGCAUGACAGAUGUUACAAUAUUUUGUGUUGGUUGCGCUGUGCUCUUCCUUUCCCUUAGUAGCAGUGUUACCUUUGAAAUAUAGUGAGAAGAGUGUGUAGAAAUAAAGAGAACCACAAGCUCAUGUAUAUUAUGUAGAUAUUUAUGUUGGUAUACCGUAUGGCUUGUGUGUUACAUAUGUGACAAAAAAACCUUUGUUUACAUUUGUGUUGUAUAAUGUGUAAGUAAUGACGUAAUAGGUUCUUGCAGUUAGUAUAGAUUAAAUUUUGUAAUUUCAUAGCAAGAUGUAUAAAUAUUUCUCAAUAAGUGUAUUGAGAUUGUUUUUAAGAGCUGUUAAGAAAUUAUAAAUAAAUUUAAAAAAAUGAUUCCUUCAAUUUGUGAUACCAAUACACACCACUUUCAAACUAGCAGUUCUUAAUAUGUUGCAUUGGUGAUAGAGUAUUCACAGCUGUUUUGGCCAGUGAUUUGAUCAAUUUGUGUGUUGUAUUUUUGUUAGUAACAAGUUUUCGUUUCUGUUGCUUGUUAUUGUGCUUUCACAGUUUUUCAUUUGUAGUGCCACAAUUUCUGUGUAUAUUUUGUAUCUAAUACUAACAAAUGAUAAUGAGUUAUAUCGUUAUUUUAGUAAAUAAACACACCUCUUUCAAUGCA